AUGCCACCGAAAAAGAAAGGUGAUGUGGGAGAGCGUCUGCCCAUAUUAGGUCGGAUAGGGACAAAUUUAAAGAUGGGUAUUCUUGGAGUUCCAAACGUCGGGAAAAGCACUUUUUUCAAUGUGCUAACGAAAAGUCAAGCACAAGCAGAAAACUUUCCUUUCUGUACAAUUGAUCCUAACGAAAGCCGCGUACCCGUUAAUGAUAACCGUUUCGAUUGGUUGGUAGAGCAUUACAAGCCACUCAGUAAAGUGCCAGCAUUUUUAAAUGUUGUUGAUAUUGCUGGUUUGGUGAGUGGUGCUUCUGAAGGACUGGGUCUUGGAAAUGCUUUCUUGUCACAUGUUAGUGCGUGUGAUGCGCUUUUUCACCUUUGUCGUGCCUUCGAUGACGACAAUGUGACGCAUGUAGAAGGUGAAGUUAAUCCAGUUCGUGAUCUUGGUAUUAUACAAAGAGAGCUUAUCAAGAAAGACCUACAGUAUCUAGAAGGCGCUAUAGAUAAAAUGGAGAAAAUUGUUGUGAGAGGUGUCGAUAAAAGUAAAAAGCUGGAGUAUGAAAUAUUAUUGAAGGUGAAAAAGUUGUUAGAGGAGGAUGGUCAACCCGUUCGUUUGAUGGUAUGGAACGAAAAGGAAGUGGAAGCACUGAAUCAUCACCUUCUGUUGACGGCUAAGCCUAUUGUUUAUUUGAUUAAUCUCUCGGAAAUGGACUAUGUCAGAAAAAAAAAUAAGUGGUUACCAAAAAUUAAAAUCUGGUUAAGUGAGAAUGACCCGUACGCAGCUUGUAUCCCAUUUAGCGGUACACUGGAACUGAAGCUCAUGGAAAUGCCAGAAGAUGAGCGAAUCGCCUUUUUGAAAGGACAGAAUGCAACAAGCGCAUUAGAUAAAAUUGUGAAAACCGGUUACAAGGCACUACAACUUGAAUACUUUUUCACGUGUGGUAAGGAUGAAGUGAAGGCGUGGACAGUUCAAAAAGGAACAAAAGCACCGCAAGCUGCUGGAAGGAUUCAUACAGACUUUGAGAAAGGAUUUAUUAUGGCAGAAGUAUGUAAGGUGAACGAUUUGAUGGAGUUAGGCAGCGAAACUGCUGUGAAAGCAGCAGGGAAGUAUCGUCAGCAGGGCAGGAAUUAUAUCGUUGAAGAUGGUGAUAUAAUAUUGUUUAAAUGUAAUGCGGGUGCUGGUCUUACAACUAAGAGGAAAUAA